UCUUGGUCACCCUUUGGACGAGUGCAUGUGUCGCCUAAAUCAGGAUUGCGUCGCAGUUGACGCGCGUCACCCCCGUUUUCUGUUUGGCCGAUCCUAGUGGCGCCACGCCUUUGCCACGCCCUGUCGGCAUCACGAUGGCUUCCACAGCCCUUCGGAGACUUAUGGCGGAGUUCAAGCAACUCUCGGAAAACCCUCCGGAAGGUUUGAUGGCAGGCCCCAUCAGCGACGAGAACUACUUUGAAUGGGAGGCAGCCAUCACGGGUCCCCAAGACACCGUGUUCGAGGAUGGCGUGUUCAUCGCCCGGCUGACCUUUCCCCAAGACUAUCCGCUCAAUCCUCCCAAGAUGAAGUUCAUGUCCAAGAUCUUUCACCCCAACAUUUACGCUGACGGUCGGGUGUGUAUCUCCAUAUUACACGCACCCGGGGACGAUCCCAUGGGAUACGAGCAGAGUUCGGAAAGAUGGAGUCCGGUCCAGAGUGUGGAGAAGGUGUUACUUUCCGUCAUGUCCAUGUUGGCUGAGCCUAACACCGAGUCUCCGGCCAAUGUGGAUGCGGCCAAAAUGUGGCGGGAAAACCGAGAGGACUUUAAAAAGAUAGCUCACAAGCACGUGAGAAUGACUCUGGAGGAGGAUCCGCCUUCAGAGAGCCGCAAUACCUGAGUGACCCCCCUACCACUAGCUACUUUUCCUGCGAUUUCACUUCUCCAAUUAUCUUUAAAAAAGUCAUGUUUAGGCUUCACGAGUUCCUUAGCCAGAGGAGCGUCAUAGAUUGGGUCCCAAAUGUGUGUUCUGUGAACAAAGAGAGCGUGUUUUGUGUGCGAGAAAAUCCCAGCCCCCUCCACCCCCCCCCCGGUGUACUUGAUACGAUUUUAGAGCAGAGGAAUCGUCCUCCUCACAAAGGAUGAAUUUAUUCUACAUGCCUAUGAUUCUAUAAUAAUUAACGCAAAAAAGAAGCGUAUUGCGAAAUAGAGUUUACAGAGGUGUUCAUCAUAAA